UAGGGAAGGACGCGCGCGUGUCCCUUCCCGAAGUUUAUUACGAAAAUAGUAUCUGUCAUUUUUACAAAGUGCAUCGUGGUGUAUUUUUCGAGUGUGUGACAGGUAUUGGUGAAGUGUUCAUUUAUUUCUAUUGGGAUUUUUUUUGUGUUUCAUCUGAAAAGGAAUUUCUUUAUGACCAUUAAGUGGCUGUGCAGCAGUGUAGUGUUGCGUGGUGAUGGAGUCCUGUGACGUGUAAAUAUGUGCGCAAGAUGAAGCUGUGGAAGAGCCUCAAGAUAUCGAUCGGCAAAACUGAUCCCAAGGGCUAUCCGCACGGCCUCCCGCAGUGGGGGCAGGGCUACGAGCUAGAUGUGUUCAAAUCUCAGACCUCGCUGUCGACGGACUCGGGUCUGUGCACGGAGCGAGGCUUGAGGCGGACUCACAUCGAGCUGCUCAAGCCGCCGGGGAAGCGCAUCGGCCUUAAACUGGCAGGUCGUUCCGAGCCAGGAGUAGUGCCUUCAAUAGUGGGCUUCACCAAAGAGUCCGUGGCCCACGAGUCGGACCGCCUGGCGCCGGGGGACCGUAUCUGCAGUGUCAACGGCAUCUCCACCGCGCGGCUCACCAAUGAGGAGGUGCUGCGACUGCUUGACAAUGUCGAGGAACGAGCGUCUUUGGAAGUGGAGUAUUACAUGCCUAAUUAUGCUUCUCAAAAUUCACUAUACAUCACAACAAAGCUAGCAGAAGUUCCAGUUGAGAAAGUGAGCGGGUCCCUGGGGGUCACCAUACGAGGGGGUCUGCCCGACAACUCGGCCCCCAGUGCGGACCUGGUGCUCAACAGCAGGUCGUUGGAUGCCCUGCCCCUGGUGGUCACGCAUGUGAGGCCGGGGGGCGCGGCGUAUAACACAUCCAGGAUAAAACCUGGAGAUAGGUUACUAAAGGUUGAUCAUAUUUCAUUAACAAACAAAACCCUAUCAGAAGUCCACCAAAUCCUCCAAAAUUGUCCGCAAGUGACCAGCCUAACCAUAGAGUACGAUGUGUCAAUCAUGGAGUCAGUGAAACUGGCUACCGGACCGUUACUGAUCGAAAUCGAACGGCCGUGCAAUGAGGACUUGGGGUUGUUCUUGACCAAUCAGAGGUACUCCGACGACGUGUACAGUUCAGGGUCGGACACCUACCAGAGGGUUGGAACGUGUAACGCAAUUUAUAUUGAUAGUAUUUUGCCCGCUAGUAUAAGUGACAGAUGUGGGGCUCUACACCCCGGUGACCAGCUGCUAGCCUUCGACGACCACGUGAUAGAUGGGAACAACUACACCGCCGAGGAGGUCAUGUGCUAUCUAGAGAACUGCGAGGCCGGCUUCACCAGGCUCCACAUCGCUCCGAGACAUGUGCUUGCUCAUGGAGGAAGAUUCACGAGAGAAAACUCGAUGUCCGGUGCUUCCACAUUGAAUCCGAAGAAACAUCGCCAAAGAAACUAUAGACAGAGCUCCAUGCCUAAACUAGGAAUACAAGAUGACUAUGAUGGUCAGCAGAACCAUAUGAACAUGGGGGUCUGUCGGACUGAAUCCUUGAACAUCCAACUAGAAGUACCCCCUGGACAGACCAGCGGACUGGCGGUGCACGAUGAGAACGCUGCGUUAAUCAUUUCCCACGUUGCCCCUCAAUCGACUGCCUAUCGGUCCGGUUGCCUGCAAACACGAGACAGAGUGAUGUCAAUAAACGGCCACGAGAACCUGACAGUGGACGUAGCGAAUGAAAUACUUCAGAGAAGAAAUGACUCGCACAAUCCAAAGUAUCUGACCCUUAACGUAGAGUUUAGUAUGCCGAACACAAUAGAAGCGUCCAGUGGUGUAUUCAAUGUUAAACUAGCGAAAACGACGGCUGGGCUUGGAGUUACCAUUACAGGUUGUAAACAAAAACUUCUUAGUAACGAAGAACCGAUGGUCAUAUCAGAUAUCAAGCCGGGAUCCGUAGCGCAUCGCAGUGGCGCCCUGGCUCCCGGAGACCAGCUCCUAGCAAUCAACGGACAACCAUUACAUAACUUAUCAUUAGACACAGCCUUCAAUAUCCUCCAAAACUCCCCCGAAGAUAUUAUAACUUUGAAGAUCCGAAAACGUGACCUCACAGAGGACUGGUCCAACAUCCACAAACACAACGCAAAGCUAACUUUACAAAGCUUCAGUAAUAUUGAAACUAAAGCGGUUGUACACAGUGGAGAAGACUCCGGCCACCAUACGGAUAGUCCAAAUAAUAGUGCUAAAGAGAGUGAAAGAAGUCAUGGUAGUGACAAUGGUAAUACUGCAGUUUUUAUGGUCGAAAUAAUUAGACAAGAAAAUGGACCACUCGGUUUGACCAUUGCUGGUAGUGAGGAUGUUACACAGCCUAUACUUUUGAGUGGUCUUAUUGAAGGUGGUCUUGCAGAAAAAUGUGGCAAAUUAGCAAUAGGUGACGAAUUGUUAAGUAUAAACGGUGAAAGUGUGCUAAACAAGCCGUUGUCUGAAGCAAUCAAAUUACUGCAGCAGAGUGGAAUGCGGGUCCAGCUGCAAAUGUGCAGGAAAGUAACAGGUUCCUCAGAUUGUGCGGAGUCUAGUGUAAGAGACUCCAGUCAUUCAACGUCUAGUCCAGGGUUGUCUAACGACAGUGCGGUGGAGUCAUGGGACCAGAACACGCCAGUACGAACCAGUGCUAACUGUGGUAAUUCCGAGGUAAUAGAAUAUGCGGUGCCAGACAAAACUCGAAUAAUUGAUAAGCAUCCAUACUCGCCUACCGAUGAAGACAAACUCAUGGCGUCGAGCUUCAACGCGCAAUACAACGUCCACGACCUACCCCUGCCCAACUACUCACUGAACAAUUCCCUCAAGACCUUCCACUACGAGAACACCCACAUCAUUCCCGAGAACACGCUGAAGAACAAACAAAACAUCACAAGAGAGGACGACGUCCAACAAAUAGAAAUAUUGACUACGAACAUGAAAGACUGCCAGUUACACAACGUGGAAAAAAAUUCGUGCAAGUGCGACUACGUGCAGAUGGGGCCGUACGGUAUAGUGUCGCCGAAAAUCCGCCGACCGAACUGGGAUAACGACUAUUUGAAUAACGGUAUUUAUACCGUUACGACGCCCCAGAAAUCACCCCACAAACCUAAUAUACCGGGCACGAGUUUUCAAUUUUCCACGAGUCCUAUUUAUGAAAAUGACGUGCCAAGCCUCUACAGCAGCGACACGCUCUCCCCCGCGCGCGGCUCCAUCCAUCACGUGAUCCUGUACAAAGACGCCAUUUAUGACGACUACGGCUUCUCAGUCUCGGACGGAUUGUACGAGCGGGGGGUGUACAUCAAUCGGAUAAGGAAGGGCGGCCCUGCCGACAUUGUUGGUUUGUUGAGGCCUUAUGAUAGGAUUUUGCAGGUGAACGGUACGCGGACAGUAGACUACGACUGCUGUUUAACAGUUCCACUCAUAGCUGCUGCUGGAGACAGACUUGAAAUCAUUGUACAACGGAUGGCCACAUCUAGAGACCUCAAAAACCAAAGGCUGGAGGACAGUUCGAGCCCAAGUGAUAGUAGUAUCGUGACUAAAACUAUUUAGUGCAUAACCCGCCUUUAGUGAAAUUACACUGGGACACUUGAAAAGUUCUGUUAUAAAUUAACUACUUAAUUUUACUGCAUUACCUAAUGUGUACUUACAAUAAAUAUGAUUGUUAUAAUAUAGUAGUGUAAUAUAUUAGAUUAUAAUGAUAUAAUAUAGUAAUAUUAAAGUAUAAAACAAUUUAAUAAUAUGGCAUAUUGUUUUAAUAUAUUUUAGGUAGUUUAUAAUGAUCAAGUCGCCUGGAAUUCCUUUUAAAUUAUUAUUUGUCUACAAUUUAGUACUUUGUGUCAUUUGAUUACAUGUGGCAGUUUAUUAUAAUAAUUACUUACAAUUUACAUAUUAUAUGAUUGUUUUAAAAUUAAGACACACGUUGCAGCAAUUUAUAAGUUUACAUUUAUAAAAAUGUCCUGAUUUAGAUGUCACGUUAUACUGGACUUUAUUUUAUUAAUUAAAGUUUCAAAUGAAAAUACUCGUACGUUUUUGUAAAUUAAUAAGAACCGAGUGAACCGAAUGUAUACUAAUAUACUAAUGUAAAAAUUAUAUUUACUAUAAUACAAACAUAAAUAAUUAAUGUGAAUAAAUAAUUAAAGAUCGUAUUGAAUUUUUAUCACAUUCAUUUAUUAUAAUUUCUUCUUUUAGUUAUUUUUAAUUUCAAUUAAUAACAAACACCAAAAAAGUUGACUUUAAUUUAAAAGUAGGUAGUAAAUUAUUCAUUAUAAAUAUAAUGUUCUUUAAUAAUUUUAACUUACAUACCAAUACAUAAUAUAAUGUUGUAUAACAAUUCCGACAGUGUUAUAUUUCAAUCACAAUUGGAUAAAUUGUAAGUACAUACAACUCACGCCAAAGUUUCUGGUAUGCGGGUUCAUUUAAUUUGCAUGCACAGCGUGCACUUGAAUUGAGUAUAAUUAAUUAAAGGUUAAUUAAAACAAUGACACAUCCAAGAUCGUCACUGGACAAAAACGAUGCCAGAAGCCUUGAUGCGACGUAUACUAAACCUCACAGUUGUUAAAUACAACAGCGCAAUAUACUUUGUGAAUUAGGAUCAGAGAUAUUGCCGACUGUAUUUCGGUCUGGAUCGCAGCCAAACCCCGCUAUCUCCAGCACUGAAAUCUUCGAAAAAUAUUGCAUUUUAAAAUUUGUAGCACAGUGUUUCAUACUGAAAGCGCCACAACAUUUAUAUAAAAUGAACGUAUAACAGAUCGUGCUAUGUGUAAAGGCAUAAAGUUAAAAUAUGUAUAGUGUAUACGAACAGAUAAGCAUGUUUAUUUGUAACAGCCAAUAGAGAGCGGUUUAGAGAUUUAGGGUUGCCUUGAGUUUUGUAAACGUUUUCUCGGGUCUGGGAAAAAUUGUGACUGGGUUUCUUUAUUCGAUCAGAAUAUUGCAGUCGAGUCUAAGGGUACGUCCAUACAGACCUACUGACCUACUGACGAAUUUUUGAUUUAUAUUUAGACUGAAACUUACUUAUCAUCAAAAUCUGACUUAAUUAAAAACAGAUAUAUAAUUUCAUUAAGUAACUUUAACUUCAAUUUACCAAAGAUUUACCAAAAAUUAUCAGAGAAGAUCUUUUAUUUCUAUUAAAAAACAUUUUUCUUUUAAUUAAUUUUAUAGUUGAUUUAUAUUACUUACAAAUAUAUACUACUAGUAUAUGUAAUACAGAGGUAUUCUCACUAUCUAAUUUUGUUUCAUUUUCCAAAUUAAUUUAUAAAUUAAUCCAGUUCCAAAAACUGUGUAAGAAAUGUAAUUUAUAAGGUCUAACGUAAUGAAAUAUCUUGUAUUGUACAUGUUACGCUAAAAUUAAAAAAUAAUAAAAUUAGGACAAGCAAAUUUUCGUGACCUUUUUCAUUAAACUGUUGAUGUUUGUAAUAACUUAAAGAAUAUUAAGUUGACACGAUAUUAUAUUGUAUAUAUCUUAUAAUACGUAUUAAGGAUUCUACACACGAGCUAAGAGUCCAUUAUGUAGCAUUAUUGUUGUUCACAGACUGAUAGGGAUUGUAACUGAUGUUUAGAUAGAUACCUACAAUACUAAUAUAAUGUAAUCGGAUAGUGUCCUUUGUGAAUAUAAUAUCGUUAGUCACUAGUGUUACCAACGGUUAACUUUCUGGUUCAGUUGGUAAUAAACAUAAAUUAUGUAAUAAUUGGCAAUGUCUUGGUUUACAACAUGCCCUAGGUUUGAUUUCCGCUAUGAAAAUAGGAUUUAUUGAUUUCUAAAUUAACUAAAAUCCGGUCUGGCGGUAGGGUUAGUGGUGAGUACUCUACGAGAAUUUAACGCCAACUGAUUUAACUUUCUGGUACGAUAUUGUGUAUAAAAAACUCGAAAAAUAAUCUGAAGGUAGGUACUCCUUCCAAUUAAGCACGAUACCGUCUUACAAUGGAUUUCAUAGACGACGACGAAUUCGUAGCCACUGAGUGUCGAAUUUAACCUCUAUUUGUUUGAGAAUUUGAUACUCAGCGGGUGAAUUAUGCAACGUCUAUGAAUUCUACUGACUGCAUCGGCACUUGAAAUCAGUUGAGAAUUGAAUUAUUAAAUUGACGAUAAAUAAAAAAAUCAAUCAAGUCUCGAGUUUAGUUCCAAACUCUUGGUUUGACUUGGACUCUGAGUCACUCUUGAAAAAUCACUGAUUUAUUUUUCGGGAAAUUAUCGUUCUUAUUAUUAUCAAUAACUUCUGACCUUUAUAGUCAACAAUGAACAUGCUUAAUCCUCGAAACGACAUAAUUUGGGUCUAUUCAGAAAUAGGAUAUUAGUUAUAUAGGUUUAUGAUCAUGAUAUGAUGAUUAUCAACAUAAUAUUAGAUCAUGCCAAAAUAACAUUGUAAGUAUUGCAGAUACUAUAGUCAGGGAUCCGUAGAACAUUUCGUACAACAGAUUACUAUCAAGUUAAUUUUUGGUGAGUAGCUUCAUCUCAAUUAUUCAACAGUAAAUAAAACGUCUGGUUAGUAACUAAUUUUGAUAAACUACCCAUGGAGGAGCCAACUUGGUUCUUAUAUUUUGUAAUUAACCAGCUGUUUUUUUUACUGUUGUUUAGUUAUUAUUUACAACUUAACAGCCACAAUGUCCAAUAAAUUGUGUGGUACAUUAUCUCGUACUCGUCUCGACGAUCAGAAAUUUUUAUUUCCUGGUUACUCAGUUAGCUACCAGAAUCAAAAAUUUUCGUAAAUUUAAAAGUUGAUCGUCUCAUCGAGACGAAGCUACUCACGAAAAAUUAACUUUAUAGAAUUCAGUUUUAAAAAAUGUUCAAUUAAUCCCUGACUACUAUAAUUUAUUUUGACAAUAUAGCUGAAAUUCAAAGGUAAAUAUAUUAUUAUUUUCAAGAUACUUGUAAGGAAUGAAUCGCGUUGAUGUUUUGGGAUAUAAAUAAAUGUAAUGUACUUAAAUGAUAAUAUUAUACGGUUUUGAUACUUAAAAGUUAUAUAAAAUUAAAUUGAGUAUUUAUUUAACUAUUUUAUUUUAAGUUAAUCAAUGAAAUAAACAUGUAAAAUUUAAAAUCUGUUAAAAUAACUUAAUUAUACAUUGUAUUGAUAUAUUUGUAUCUAUUUAUAUUAUGUUGACACAAGCAUAGCUUUUUAAAUGAUUAAUAUUAUAUUGAAUUUAAAUGAUAUAAAUUUUAACAUACUAUUUGCGAUUAAAAUAAAUAUUAUAUAGUAUAAAUUUUUAUAACAAAAAUAUUACGUAUGUAUCUAAAAGUUGUUGCUAAUUUUCUAGUGUAUGAAAUUUUAAAUAAUAUAACAUAAUGUAAUUAAUUUAUAAUUACUUGUAAUUGUAUAUUAAUUAAAUUAUAAUUAUAUACUGUCAAAUAGAUAAUUGUUUCUCCAUCAAGUUUAUAUUACAACGCAAUUUAGUGACUUGAACAUUGUAAUACACCGGUGACGUCAUUGUAGAUAGCGAUUUUUACAUUUUAUUUUUAUACCUUUAACAUAAGAAUAAUUAUUUAUAUUAAUUGUCAAUUAUGUAUAACUAAUGAGGUGUAGAGGGGAGUCUAGCUGCAUUCGACUUAAUAAAUGAUAUGCGUGAUUGGA